UGCUGAUGUCAGCCUCGCCGGCGCUGGCUCCUCCCGCACCCACCUCCCGGGCCCGAGGCACACUGCAGCUCCGCGCGGACUCUCCGGCUCCGGCGAGGUGGCUGCAAACUCGCGGGCACGCACGGCGCUCGGGGAGCCGGGGGACUCGGGGGAGGGGACGCGUGCGGAAGGCGCCAGCUUGCUCUCGCCCGCCUCUUGCAGCGCGAGUCGAGGUUGGAGGAACCCGGGGCCUCAGCCCGGCUGAGCCCAGCGGCGGCGGCUUCCCUUUUCUACCCCUGCGAGCUCCAGAGCGCCUCGGGGACCGGCCCUCAAAAGAGCAGGAAAUCUUGUUUACCGCCCGGGGAGAGGAGCCCAUCGAGCCUUUGUCUGGAAAGUCAGCAUCUCCGGAUGAAUCCCUGCAAUGAGUUUCUGGUGAAUUAGCAUUGGGCAGAACGGCCGGAGAAGGGGGUCGCUAGGCUCACGUCUGGUUUCAAAGGCGUAUCCAGCGGGUGACUUUUGAGCAUUCGUUUUAAUUUUUGGAAAUUUCUCUUUUUCCCCCCUCCCUCGCCGCCACCGGGCAUGUCCUGAUCUGACGGCCGCUCCUACCGCCUGGGGCUGCGGAUCCGAGUGGUUUCCAGCGGGGCUCCCUCCCUCCCUCCCGGACUUUGCAAUACCGCGUUCCGGGAGAACCAACCUCGGCGAGGAAGGGGGCGGGGGAGCCACGAACACCCGGACCCAAACCUUGACAUGCUCUUGGGUGGAAAGGAGGAAGCCAGGAGCUGAGUGCACCGCCGGGUCUGUUUCUCCGGCCGGCUCCGAGCGCGGGGCUCCGGGCUCCCUGCCCUGCGCCUGGGCGGCAGCCUUGUUGUUCUCGGGGCCGCCCCCCGCUUCCUGCUCCGGUGGUCCACGUCCACGGCUGGCAGGACCAUGCUGCUCAAGGAGUACCGGAUCUGCAUGCCGCUCACCGUGGACGAGUACAAAAUUGGACAGCUGUACAUGAUCAGCAAGCACAGCCAUGAGCAGAGUGACCGAGGGGAAGGGGUAGAAGUCGUCCAGAAUGAGCCCUUUGAGGACCCUCACCACGGCAACGGACAGUUCACAGAGAAGCGUGUGUAUCUCAACAGCAAACUGCCUAGUUGGGCCAGAGCUGUUGUUCCCAAAAUAUUUUAUGUUACAGAGAAGGCUUGGAACUAUUAUCCCUACACAAUUACAGAAUACACAUGUUCCUUCUUGCCAAAAUUCUCCAUUCAUAUAGAAACCAAGUAUGAGGACAACAAAGGAAGCAACGACAGCAUUUUUGACAGCGAAGCCAAAGACCUCGAGAGAGAAGUUUGCUUUAUUGAUAUUGCCUGCGAUGAAAUUCCAGAACGUUACUACAAAGAAUCUGAGGAUCCUAAACACUUCAAGUCAGAGAAGACAGGACGGGGACAGUUACGGGAAGGCUGGAGAGAUAGUCAUCAGCCCAUCAUGUGUUCCUACAAGCUGGUGACUGUGAAGUUUGAGGUCUGGGGGCUCCAGACCAGAGUGGAACAAUUUGUACACAAGGUGGUCCGAGAUAUUCUGCUGAUUGGACAUAGACAGGCUUUUGCAUGGGUUGAUGAAUGGUAUGAUAUGACAAUGGACGAUGUUCGAGAAUACGAGAAAAACAUGCAUGAACAAACCAACAUAAAAGUUUGCAAUCAGCAUUCCUCCACUGUGGAUGACAUAGAGAGCCAGGCCCAAACAAGUACAUGACAAUGGAUGAAGUCCGAGAAUUUGAACGAGCCACUCAGGAAGCCACCAACCAGAAAAUUGGCGUUUUCCC